AUGGAUUUCCUCUCAGCUGGUUACAUGGCAGAUGGGGAGUGCAGAAAUGAGACAGUUGUCACAACAUUUAUGCUCCUGGAAUUUGGAACUAUCCCAGAAGUACAAUCUCUUCUCUUCCUCCUGUUCUUCAUGAUCUGUGUCAUGACCGUGACUGGCAACAGCCUCAUUUUUGUUCUGGUGGUGGCUGACCAGCACCUUCACAUACCCAUGUACUUCUUCCUGUGCAACUUGUCCUGCUUGGAGAUCUGCUACAGCUCUACCAUCCUGCAAAGAAUGUUGUCCAGCUUUCUGAGUUGGGACAAGAGCAUGUCUGUUGGCAGCUGCCUCACACAGCUUUACUUCUUUGGUUCUCUAGCAGGCACGGAGAGUUUUCUAUCGGUGAUGUCCUAUGAUCAGUAUUUGGCAGUCUGCAAACCUCUUCACUACAGAGCUGCCAUGAGCAGCAGAUUCUGUCUGCAGCUUGUGGCUUGCUCUUGGAUGAGCAGUUUGCUGGUUAUGGCCAUCAGCUGCUUCCUGAUUUUACAACAUUCCUUCUGUGGGCCCAGGUUUAUCAACCAUUUCUUUUGUGAUUUCACUCUGUUGAUCAAACUCUCCUGCUGUGACACCAGCCUGACUGAGGUGGUGGUGUCCAUCCUCUCAUCAGUAUGUGCACUACCCCCUUUCCUACUGACCCUGGUGUCCUACACCUGUGUCAUCACCACUGUCCUGUAAAUGUCUUCUACCACUGAUGCAAAGGCUUUUUCUACCUGCUUUUCCCACCUCAUUGUUAUUACUGUUUUUUAUGGAAGCUCAAUAAUUGUUUACAUCCUGCCAAGAACCAGGACUCUGACAGCACUGAAUAAAGUCUUCUCUGUUUUCCACACUGUUGUGACUCCCCUGCUCAACCCCCUCAUCUACAGUCUGAGAAACAGAGGUGAAAGAUGCUCUGUGGAAAGUAGUCAAGAAAUGUGA